AUGCUUUACGAUGGUGAACGCGAAACCGCUCGCGAAGUUAUGCGAAAGACUUUUGCCGAAAUAAAAUUUAUGCAGGUCUUGUAAAAUUGCUCCUCAACAUAUUUUGUUGCAGUUGGCUAAAAUGAAGACUGCUAGUGCAAAUGAACGCGAAGAUUUGGAAGCCAAUCCGAUAGCGAUUGUCAACCAAGCAGUCUCAAAUUGUAUGCCCGUCCUCAUUCUGCACUCGGUGCGACGCGGUGGCUUCAUUUACAAGGUGUCCAUCGCAUCGCAUUUUUUCUGCAUUUCUUCAUCCUAAUAACAAUUCUACUUGGAAUCUGAGCCGAAGUUAAUCACAGGUUUAGAAUAUUCUUAUCAGAGCGUGCGUCAGUAUGGGACAGAUAGUGACGCAUAACUAAAAUAGUUUGUAUGAAUUGUAAGUGUUGGCUCACCGUCCACGGAUCGCGAGUUUAACAUCUGCCCACGUUUAUGUAGCCGAUCGUACGCCUUCCUGAACGUGGUUUUAAAUGCCUUUUCAAGCUUUUUGCGGGCAGACCGCUGAUCGGCAUUCCAUUUUCUGAAGACAUCUGCAUAAUACAUAGCAUAUGAGCCAAGGAUACAAUACUUACCUGGAACUAUUUCGUAAAUGGGAGACUCGAACAAGGUCCUCUUCCCAUGUUGUCCGUCAGAGAGGGCCAGGUAAUAGGUAAUCUCGUGGAAGAGGCCAGAAAAUACGCGAUCAGUGGAGGCGCUUAUGGUUCCCCCCGAGGGUUGUUAAAUGGGGAAUCUGCCGUACUGUAUAUUAAGUAAAGGAGUUUAUACCAGUUUCUUGCUGAAAGAAAUGCCCGCGAAGCGGUGCUGAACACAUUAAAUUUCUCUAUUGAGCCCAUCCGAUUAAAAAUCGGGCCAGCUGGCAACACAUUCGUUGCGGAACAACCAAGCACAGCGUCCAGCCUCCGCGCCAGGGCCUCCAGUAGUAAUUGCUGUUCUUGAUAGCGCUUCAUAUGCUGAGGCUCAUACCUCACCAGCCAGCGCCAGACAGAACCGCAUCAGCCAGUCGAUUACAUUAACAUUCAGGCCACUCGUAGCAAGCGAUAACAGGUCUCGAGUCAAUGGCCGGCAGUACGACUGUACAUCUGAGGGCUUACCGUAGCUACAAUAAGUGCCUACCAGAAACUUCACUAACAAACAGCUGCAUAAUUCGAUCAAAAAUUGACAAGAUUCACUCAUGAUGUAAAGAUUUUGCUGUUGCACCUGAUUUCCCUAUUCGAUGUUGUGCUCUCACUUAUACUCGUCCCCAAAACCUGGAACUAGGAUCGAUCUCGUACUGGCUAUAUCGGACGGAGGUCAUUAAGCCGUUUUCCGGCGCCCUUGAAAACCCUAGGCCCGACUCAGCUAGAACUGGUGAUAGCCAAUGACUCUUCUGAAUCUCUUGGUUGUGUACCUCUGGCGCGAGCACGUAAGAGGGUAGAUUUUUUAUUAUACGACGUAAAGUCGUGGCCGUUGUGGCCUUUGUCUUCAUUUUCACUUAGGAAAAAAUCCAAAUUGUUAUCUGAUGACAAAAACUCACGUCUCCUAAACUAUUCAUACAGACUUAUAAUGUUGCGAUCUCAUCCAAAAUGUUCGAGCGCAUUUCCGAUCCCGGCGCAUACAAAUUCCUUUUUUUAGGUUCCAGCACCUCCUCGAGGAGAAGAGGAAGCUCUUCACAUAGCAAUUAGACGGAUUCUGGAGUCUGCGAAUAGCAAGCCGAAGAACCAACGCAUAUGGGUAUCAUUGGCUCGCGAGUUGGUAGCUGCUUCAAGAAACGAGGGCAGUGCAGUCAGCAAAAAGAAGGAGCUUACCAAGCAGUGCGAAGAAAAUCGGGCUUACGCUAAUUACAGAAUCUAUUAGGGUACCUUAUUUUUUACUGAUGUAAAUAUAUUUUACACAAUAAAAACCGUUCACGGAUCUCACUGACUUCUGCAUCUUCACAAAAAUUAGUUUUUUAAGCAACGUCCUGUCAUAAUAUAUCCUAUGGAGAAACAGCACGGCGUCCCAGGACACCCCAUAUCUAUGCAAUAGAGAGUCCCUCCCAAUCACACACUCUUUCAGGCCAAUUUGGGAUGUCUUGCUGCACCCGACUUCCUAACGAAACAAGUGUCUACCUGCCAUCAGGAAGAUUUCUUUGCUAGCUUUUGCGCGAAAGCUCUCCAACGAUAACUAAAUGAUUAAUGAACUCUAACGCAGAUGUUUCGAUAUGAUGCUAGAAUUGUAACUUCGAAAUACCCCGAACAUGAUGGGAUAUCAUAACGAAUAUUUGAAUCAACAGCUAGUUUCACUUCUGAUCGCGAUGGUACUAACGUCGAAUGUUUCGUAUGUCUUCGUUUUCCAUAUUAAAUCGACUGUAAGCUUCUUGCCAGACUGUGAAAUUUACAACCAAUUCAGAUCGCAUUAAUAUGUAUGCAAAAUGACAGUUAAUCUAAGUACUGUCCGUACGAUUUCUGCUGAACGAACAUAAGCGCGCAUGGAGGACUAAAGUGUUUUUGAAUUUAGCUAGGAAUGUUUUACGCCAACAGCCCAAACAUUAGUGCUAAGGACAACCGGCCGCAGUUGUAUGUAUUUUUCGGCAUCUAGAUUAACCGACUCCAUUUCCAGCCAUUAAACUCUUCUUUGUUAACAUUCUCAGACGAUCCUCUCCAAAGGGCCGCUUUCACGUUUGCGUAGGCUAAUUUGCCUAAUUUUCCAAGCACAUGGACGAAAUUCUUCAACCACAACAGCGCUCGAUUUCGAUCAGGCUCGAAUACGUAAUGUGGGCCUUAUUGCGCACAUUGACGCCGGCAAGACUACAACCACAGAAAGGAUGCUCUACCUCUCAGGUAUAGUAAAUAUUUUGGUGGGGGGAACGAUUCCGUCUCUCCUGGUAGUCUCACUCAAACAUCACCUCCAACACCCAUGUGCAUGCCACUGUCGGGUAGUUCCCUACCCUGCUAUACUGUAUCGAGUCAAGCAUUUUAGACACUUCUGCCUUAGAUUGGUCAUUUUUUUGACAGAACGCGGUACAUCGACGUAUAGAACGCCAAGCAUGCCAGCAUUUAGCCAGCGGACAAUGACGCUGCUAGUAGGAUACAAUAAGGGUCUUUAAAAUUGCACCAGUUCUUUUUAAUCUAGCGCGAUUUGCAGUUUCUGCGUUUAUGGUUACCGCUUGCCUCGGGGGAAGAAACUUACUCGGGAAUUUCUCCACCUAUAGCCAUUAACAGUUUGUCACUCACGACGAUAGGGAAUGACAAGAAAAACAAGACGAUGCAGACUGAAUAUGGACCGUGUGUCCUAUUAAUUUCGCCAUUCAUAUCCACUUACUAAAGACGACGUGCACACAUUUCGUCAACUAACGAUCCUCUAACUGUAUAGUGGAUUCGGUGGCUAUAUGACUGAGGCCUCUUCAUCCCUGUGGCGAGCGGAACCUGCACCAGAGGCUGCUGAUCACCUGUAUCUAUCUUUACUAAAAGGAUAGAAUGCCAUAUAUUUCAUUCCUCCGUCGUUUAAGCACUUUUCUCAUCCUAUCAGAAUUCAAGUUCCUGCACAAUAGUAGGCAUAACUCCUUGUAGAAGAAGGCUUCAAGCCGAAUGCCUUGCUAUAAAUAAACGCAAGGGAAAGAAAGUAUACUACCUCUUUAGAUUUCCGCCUAAAUUCAGGCGAAUUACUGACCUGCGCCCACUCCUUUGUGAUGUAUUAUUUAAUUGCAUCAUAUUUUUCACCCCGAACGCAGGUCAAACUCAGGCGAUGGGUGAGGUUGACCGUGGCGACACAGUAACUGACUUCUUAGCGGAGGAGCGCGAGCGUGGAAUCAGCAUCAUGAGCGCCACCGCCUGUCUCUCCUGGAAACGGCACGCCAUCCAUCUCAUAGACACCCCGGGUCAUGUGGAUUUCACACUGGAAGUGGAGCGCAGUUUGGCCGUGGUGGACAGCGCUCUGACCAUCAUCGACGCCUGCAAGGGUGUCGAAACACAGACUCGUACUGUCUGGUAAAAGAUGAUUUCCUUGACCUACUUAUGCUUAAAACUAUUUCCAUUUGGAAUUUUGAAAGCAUGUGUCAACUUACCUGACACAGAACGUAGGAUUUCCUUGCUAGAUGCCAGCAGCCUUAACUCCUCUUUACUCAAUGCGCUCCUUCUAUUCGAAAGACAUGUUACCAUCUGGCUUCGUGUAUCCCUUUAAAGCUUCUUUUAAUCGAUGGCCACGUUUAAUCUCUGGAAAACCGAUCGUUUUUCUCUCUGCUUUCUCCCGGUGUAUUUUAUUUCAAAACUGGUAACACUAGAGACACCGCCUAAAAGAGCUCCAAAUCCUAUCUUUUGAGACGCGAGUACGUGAGGCAGUGAUGUAGAACUUAUUAACGUUUUGUAGACUGGUUCCGAAAUGCUUCCACCAAGCCUUGUAAGUCAAUAUGUAAAGUAUGUAUGGCCUCGCGGAUAGUUCUCUGCAGACAGGGCAAUAAACCGUCGUUGCCUGAUCGUCUUUAUCCGUAACGAUGUAAACUGUCCAGGCUGGAAUCUGGAAUAUUGAGUUUCCUGUGAACAGCAAUAGACAUUCGACCUUUUUUGUCUGGUCUUUCGUUAAAUCAUACUGGCCUACACUAAAGGAUUUGCUGGCGUAGGGGAUUUUAAACCUGUUUAAGGACUUUGAGUGAAUCAUAGGAUGAUGACAUUACUUAGAAACUCUAAUGGUUGUGAUCCCAAAUUUCAAAUACACCACUGACGCAAUCUAGGGUCAUUGCAGUACCAGCGGGGGAAGCAGGGGGGUCGAGCUGCGACCAUUUUAGCUAAACCCGAUACUCACAUAAUCGUGUAUAUCUGCAUCUAGACCGCCGAAAAUCGUUGUCAGUUUCAUAUUCCACGAUUGAACGCGGAAGCCUAUUUGACUUAGCAUUCUCUCGAGUCCGAAGUUUCCCUUAUCUGCCAAUUUUUCAGGCUGUCGUCAUGGUAGUUGGGCCAGUGGACAGUUUAUGAGGAUUGUCGCUGCUCACGAGUCCACCAUCUGACCGGAUCAACUUGUGCGAACAUCUUACACUCUUACAGUAGACAUCCCCUAUCGGAGGUAAAGCCCCACGUUUUGUUACGUGCCUCCCCCAUAUCCGUCGUCGCCGUGUGCCGCCAGUUGUGAACCGCAUCGAGUCUUCGCAACUCAGCAGUAUAGAUGGACAGUGUUUUCACAGUUUUGUAGCUAAAUGCCCUUUCAUUCGCACUGAAACUACAGGAGCUCUGAGCACUCUGUACGGGUCGAAUGCGACACAAUGACUGGACACGGUAAUAUAGACCUCUUCACCCUAAAUUUCAGGGAUACCUAUCCCUAUGCCUUGAGUUUAACCCUUACCCCAAUUUUUACCAUAAACCUAAUCCCAGCCUCCCCUUAAAUUGAGCGCAAGGCAACCUGUACUACGAGAGGUCCUUAUUCCCGCGUGGUACUCAUUUUAUUUCCUCGUGGCACGAUUCCCAUUGCCCGGAUUUACUGAGUGAAUAAAGACGGCAACCUCUGGCUUAUCGCUAUGCAGGAGGAGGGAAAGACUUAUUGCCGUCGCAUUGAAGUACAUUUUACUACCUAUCCUGCUUACAGGACCGAAUACGAGCUAUUCAAUUUGGCUCUGGAACUCACUUCACUGCCCGGUCUCAGGUUGCGUCAAGAUUGACUAGGGAUGAUAGAUGAGCCAGAAAUUGCCCAAAUCACCUCCACUUCCUGCCCAGCCUCGCAACCGUCCAUUACGCCAUGCCUUUAAGCCAUUUGAUGUCGAAGCUUCUUCCCUAUUCUUAUCGCUCACUUUUAGUAACAGGCGCUUUUAUCAGUACUCUACCAGGACGGUUACUACAAAGAACAAAACACCUAGGUCCUGUGUAAAUACGUGUUUGAUGCUUUUCUUCUAUCCGAACAAUCGGUGUCAAAGAGCAAAUAUGUAGAUUAAAGGACUAGGCCUUCAUUUUUCGUGUUGACACUCUGGUGCCCUAGCUCCAUGGCGGAUUUAGCAAGCGUCAGAGGAUGAGGUUCCGGAUUGGAGCUCGGACAUGCUGGUGCCUGUCUUCAAGAGGGCCGCUCAGACAAAGUUCGUGAACUACUGCCUCAUCGGCCUCAUCAAAGGUUUUGCGAAAGUCUUUGCUGUUGUCAUUCUUAUUUGACUUACGAGCAAGUGACUAGGAUGUGACCCAGCCCAACCAAGUUUGGCGCUGGGCAUGAAUGCGUACCAGAUACUAAUAGUGUAGCGCAUCUCUGCAUUCUGCCAUGGCCUCUAGCAAGCGGCGACCGUUGGGCUUGUUUGCUUUCCCACAGGGUUGUACUCCAUGCAUCGUAAGCUCCUGUAGCGGAUAAUGAAACCAGUUAGUAUGCUGGCACAAGUCACCACCAUGAUCAGGUCUUACUGUUGGGUUCCCAAGGUUUCGGUAUGCGUCGGAUGACCUACGGACUUAAGUCUCACUAGAGAAUAAGGUCUCUAAGUCCUUCAGUUUAUUCACAAACCCUGAAAAGAUGAAAUUGUCGCGCAGCAUCCUUAACCUGGAGGCGGCACCCCUCGACGUUAACGACUGUCAGCUCAGAGUGGGUAAUUUAAACUACCUCCGUUUGAAGCUACUAUCUAAUGGACGGAGUAUAGAUGACGCCUUCUCCCCAAUGGAUGCUACCCGCAAGGUUUUUACAGCCCUUAGAAUUCGUGAUGCCUCCAUCGCCACAAAGAUUCCCUUGUACCAGGCGUCCGUCCUGUCAUUCCUAUAGGCUUCUGAAUGCCGAACGUCCGCAUGGACGACCAGUCCAACUUUAAGCAAAUAUUUGGCUUUUAAAUGCUCCUCGACUGUUUUUUUUUAAGAGUAGCUCUACGGUCUAAAUACAUUGGAAUGAUAAAGAUUUGGAAGACGGUUGAUCUGCAACAGAAGAAUUUACCUAAUUAGCCCCUGGGGAGAUUAAAAAACUGGAAUUCAAAAUCUGAAGUUUAUCCCGGAAAGCACAUGGUGAGCGUUGGGGGACGCACUGAUGAUCCGAACACCUCGCACUCGCGUCACACAACGGCAGAAAAUCAGCGAAACACCUGUCUAGUCUCUUAACAGGUACCUUUGCCGCCAGUUUUCUGACCUCUAAAACAUCAGUUCAUUUUUCUCCUGCAUCAAAACAGGACUCAAGCCGACCGCCAUGAUCUGCCAAGGAUGGUUUUUAUCAACAAAAUGGACAGACCGGCGGCAGACUUUGAGGGUAGCCUGAAGUCUCUGCAGCGCAAGCUGGGUCAAAAACGAACCUUUCUUCCUCUUCAUCUGCCCAUCUUCACCUCCUCCUCUCCCGAUCAUAAACACAAACAGUCCUCGGAACGUCAUUUCGUCGGUCUGGUGGAUCUACCACACCUCGAUCUUAAAGUAAGCCCUUCAAACUAUGAAAUUUAAAAAAACACAUACGUAAUAAAAAUGAUCAUAUUAGAACUACCAUAUUAAAACAACCAACCAGCAUUGUAGCCACCGAUUAACUCGCCCAAGCUUUCGGUCUUACUCGGUAGUUCAUCUUUGGAGGCAGUGAACAAUAUUUGCACUGCUUCACUUUCUGUCGACCGCGUACAUCCGUGUCUAGAAGCGGAAUCGCACCGUCCACCAGUCAGAUGACAAGGGAGACUCAUCGGUAUCCGGCAUACGACAUCGUGGUCUGAAAUUCAGUCCCCAAAUGAACUGUGUUGUGGCGUCAGACCUAAAACGACUAACAAUUCCAUUAUCGCAGUAAGGUGGGCUCUAGUUAGACCUGGAACCCGAUGGCUCCUUCUGAAAAUGGCUACUUAAACUGUGUCCCUAAUAGAGCCCGUUUUCUCAGAAAUAUUUUUUUCCCGAACGUCAAUAAUAAAACAGAGGACAUUAGCAAGGAAAUGGUUAUAGAGAUUGAAGUUAGCAGACAUCAUUUCUGGUAACCAUUCCUUUAGCCAACUGUACGUCAUGCAUUCCGGAAUUCGAAGCACUUCGACCGCGGUAUGGAUUUCAAACAAGCAAAAGUAGCAGGAUAUAUUGGUAACCAAAAAACCGCUCCAUAGGACGGCGAACGGGUAUUUGAUGCACAGCAGGUUUGAUUUCUUCAUAAAACAGUAAGAUCACAAAUGGGUGUGCGAAUCAAAGCACAAGGGAUUGACAGGACAGGACGAGACUUACUAAAUUGUCAAAUUGUUUGCACAGGGCAGUUUCCUCCUUCCAUAUGCGAAGUACGAGCUUCUUGGGGCACGAACACGGAGUCGAAAGGCCCUUUUGGUGACCCUUAUCAGAAGCAUAGCAUUUUUAUUCGGCAAGGUUUGGCUGAACAGUCAGUUCCGAAAAGUCCCUUGCAGUAUACUUUCUCAUUUGGGAUGACAGUACUUCAAACAUGAUUAAGCGAUGACUGCGAUGCGCCACAGAAAAGAGCUACAGUGCAGCAGAGCAUAUAUUUAGUAGUUCCAAGAAUAGUUUCAGUUUAUUGAGGGAAAGAUAGGCGAACGUCUUUGAACUCCCUCUUGGUUACAAGUCGUCGGAGAAAAACAUUGGUGAGUAGGAAGGUGAAAAAGGGAUUUUGUACAUAAUCGCGGACAGCUGACAGCUAGUCGAAAAAGAGUACUCAUUAACGCCUACUUACUAAUUACAAGUGGCAUAAGCACACAUAAGUUGGUGCCGGGUUAUAUGAGUGGAUGAGGCUGUUAAUUGGGAAGCUUCAUACGCGUCAAGCCUAUACUUAAAGGAAUUCACACAGGAGGAGAUUGCAACAUCGGUAGGCAGGGCAUUCCACGCUGCAACCACUCUGUCACUGAAAAAGAACCUUCGCCCGCUGAUCCUUGCUUUCCCUGCGCGGAGUUUUAGGGGAUGACCGCGCCGAGUGAGCGUGUUAGCUUGAGUGAAAUAAUCAGUGGAAUCUGAGCAACAAUCUAGGUCGUUGAUAAUGCGAAAUGUUAGUAUAAGGUCACCACGUAAUUGCCUGUAAGAAAGGGGAAACAGGUUGAGAGUUGACGGUCAGGUUUCAUAGGGCAGUGCUCCCAGACCUUAUGUCAUUUUGGUUGCCCGUCUCUGGACUUUCUCCAAGACGGUAUAGUCCUUGGCGGUCUAAGGUCUCCGCGCCUGCACCGCGUAUUCCAGAUGAGGCCGCAUGUAGGUGCCAAAUAUUUUGUAAAAGCAGUCAGGGUCAAAUCGCAUAAAGGCUCGCCUAAUGGGUUGCAAUGUAGCCUUAGCCGAUUUAGUCGCCUUCGCGCAGUGCAGUGUUGGUUUGAGUGAAGAUGUAAUCCAGACUCUCAAUUCUUUCUGACUGUCAACCUGUUGCAGUGGUGUGCCAUGUAGAAAGCUCUGAAGCUGCCGAGUUGAAGAAAGCUGCACUUGCUUAUAUUGAAUACUAUUGCAAUUCAAUGGACAAGGGAUGCCUUGCUACUGCACGGCAAUUCAAGCUGAGUUCAUGCCCUCAUAUGUGCAUGUCACUGCAAGCACACUGUGAUUACAGGGAUAACUGGUGAAUGGGUUAUUUCAGCACUUGCCAGAAUGGUUUCCAUAGGUGUGAACUCGGGGUUCUCUGCCCGUCUCUCACCGAAAGCCUUCCAAUUAGUGUUCACUCUGUAAGCCUAAAAGCCUUCCGGACAAUUGCUCCUGCACGGGCAGAUCGUACUCCGCACCACUUGCAAGCAGUCCACACUCGAAGGGCGAGACUGGACCUGUGCACAACAACUAAACCACGCGUUUUACCUGUCCUUGUCCUGGUAAUCCUGGGUUUUCAGAUUUAAACGCCCCCUUGCGAUUUACAGGCUCUGUCAAGUGACCGUUUUUGUUCAUUCGACUCUGUAUUCCGACCUCUGACUGCUGUUUUCAUAUUGAUUUUCCGAGAAAAUCCAUCACCCCCUAUGAAUGUUUCGGAGGGACAAGAAACUGUUGGUAAGCCGUCGCGAAAUUUUUUGGUACCCAUGAGUCCUGCUGUCUAUGCUACCUACUAUUCUGUCUUCUAGAUAAAUAUUGGUGAAACCAAAGCGAUAUUGUAGUAGUAAGCAGCGGCCCCGAAGAUGCCGGUCUACUGUCAGUUACGUCGUUAAAUAUGCGGGUUACCCACCUAUUUUGAGUGUAACUCACUCCUUUUGGCCUAGGCAAUUCACAUUCACUUAGUAUACGUGAGUAUCAAGUAGGAAUGGAGGUAUUUCCUCAUUUGGAAGUGCUCACUUCAAAAGCAGACUGUGUAGGCAUUUGUGGUUCAAAGCUAGGUCGUUUUGCUCCAAAGGUCCGGAGCACUUGGGAGGUUCAUUUCCCUAUAGUCUUCAGAAAGUUACAGUGUUCUCUGGGCAGACGGCGCACAAAGUGGCGAGCAAGUUCUGUAACGCGAUCGGUGAGCGCUCUUUUACCAUUGUCAAUAUACCCGGUCGCAGCGACAGGAUAAAGAGCCUGUGACUCAAUGAUCAGGGCAUUAAACUUCUGGCCAUCGGGCCGCGGAUUCAAGCCCCGAGGGCUACACACCUCGGGGUUGGGUAUGGCUGACUGAUGACUUCUAAUAAGUCAGAAAUGACCGCCCCAAUCUCCCUUGUCUUUUUCAGCGAUGUUAUUCCGCCUAUAAUGCUAACCACUUAACGACUGUUGACUGGGCUUCAAGGCGCAACGGGCGUGUGCGCCCCCUUACGCUUUCGGCGAGCGUCCCUUUACGAUCGACAACACCCAUUCCUCUUGUUUUCAGUACUUGCACGGUUAUUUUAGGUCAUUUUUAUUUGCGAGGGAUCAAAAUUAAACAGAUAAUUCGGUUUUUGCGUCUUUGAGUUGCAUUAAUACUUUUUUUCCACACCGCCUAAUUCGAGUCUUUCAAAAUGCGAGUAAACAACAGUCGCCGGAGAAACGUAAUUUUACUUGUUUCAAACAGAGGUUUACUAAGUUGUAGGGAUUCAACUCUCAUUGCCCACAUUAUUUUCGAAUCAGGGCUACUUUUAAAGCACAGUUUACUACUUUUGAGGUUGCCCUAUGUGGUUUAUUCAAAUCGUCUCUUUUUAGAUGUAAAUGUAACGCCAGAGUAAAAUGGAACCAGAAGUCCAGAACUCCUGGAUUCGUGCAUCUGGACGACGGUCACAUGACAGUCCAACCGUCGUUGCCAACUGUCCCGGCCCGUCGGUCAUUCGAUGCGGCAUAAUGACUGACGGAGCUAGGCGGUCCGUCUACAUGUACCACACACGUGGACUGCACCCGCGCACACCACAUCAUGGUUCACACAGAGGGUAUGGGUGGUCCGGAGUUUGCAUGCGUGAGAGUGCCAUAGAGACCCGGUUAGAAAGUGGCCAUUGAGCCUGAUUCUCAGUCCACCAAUCAGCCACUCCACACAAAUACACACAGGGAUAGCUGCAGGACUUGAGUUGUACCACCAAUGGGGACCCCUCGAGCCACGGCUCAUAGCUCGUCGUGAUGGGUUCAAGUGCGUCAGAUUUAGGGAUGAGUACGCUGAAGUGCUGUGGGGGUGGAUUUGCGGAAGUGCGAUGGUUGACAACCGAAGAUUCCCAAGCCAUAGGUCAGGUUAUUACGCCAAGGUAGUAAGGGUUAUUCCCUAAUUACCCCAGCCAAUUUAGCUCAAAGCCAAUAGGUGUUUCGGUUUUUGCCGCCUACGUUCUGUUUUUGUCAAAUAGGCAGCAGCUAGUCAUUGAAAUCCGUAUAUUUGCAUGCCUGUAGAAAUGAAGAUUGGAAGAUACUGACUUUUACCUUUCUUUUUACAUUGUACUGCUUUUUUGCGGCGGCUAACUGGUACUUGUUUGACUCUGCUUUUAUUGUUUUUUGUUAUUGCCUACGGUCGUCGCAGAUAACACUACUAGCUCAUGAAGUGAACGGAAAACAAGUUUGCGUCCAACUAGCUUUAACAAGCUGUUCAUCUUGAUGAGAGCGCGCUUAUAAUGACAAUGACUUCAAGAAUAAUCUUUUAGCUGGUUUAAAUUUCAACGCUUUUACUUCGGGUCGCUGAUAUGGACUCUUCUGACUCAAUCUGUUGCAGAUAGUUGGAUUGACCGUCGAAGAGCCACUGUCCAGUUACUUUUUGCAAUUAAAAUGCUACAUUCUGACUGGCUUUCAUGGAAAGGGCAAAUAACCUCUUACCAGGAUUGAAAAGCCUAUUUUAUUUCGCCCUCCGUUAAGGUCUGGAACAGGGACGUCAACAAGGACGAAUACCAAUUUUCUACAGUCAGUCUGUUGGCCAAGCCUGCUAUUCAGGAAUUUUCCGCUGGUUUUCCCGGCAACCUGCACAUGAAAAAUAUCGUGGCUUCUGCCCUGAAAGCCCGUGAACAUCUCAUUUCUAUGCUGGCGGAAUUAGAUGAGGAAUUCGCCGAAGAAUACCUCUCACUGGACCAUCCCGAACUCCUCACCCCUGAAACUAUCAACAGGAGCAUCCGACGGGUAUGAUUACCAUUCUUCCGACCGCCGAAUUUUCACUGCUCACCUCGAAAUUUCGUUACCUCGUUACUUGUGUCUUCGUGUCUUAGUAGGCGACCAUCGCUUCAUCGGGCAUUCCCGUCCUCGUAGGCAGCAGCAAGCAGAAUAUCGGGGUGCAGCUAAUAAUGGACGCCCUUGUCCAAUACUUACCAGACCCAUCCCAGCGCUCCCCACCACCUAUAAUCGCACACUACCUCAAGCGCCUUCACGGCCUCUCGGCCUCUGCGUCCAAACUCCGUCCUGCUACUACGCUCAACUCACUCCCCAUGCUUCUGGUCUUCAAGAUCCUCUUUGAUCCCCACUGGGGUGCGCUAACUUUGACGCGAGUUUACUCGGGCAAUGUAACCGCCGGCGCGCACAUCUCUAACUGGACGCGGCAAGAUGAGCAGACUCAGACGAACGAAAGUGUACGUUGUGAAGGCAUGCGGUAGCUUAUCAACAGCCUCGACUACUAACAAGGUUUUAGUAAGUGUUUUAUUUCGCCUGCAGAUUGGUCGCGUUCUACAACUCAACGGCGAUUCUUACAAGGCACUGCGCUCGGCUGGGCCGGGCUGUAUUGUAGCGCUGACAGGCCUACAGUCAACACGCACUGGCGACGUGCUGGGACCCCCGGGGCAUAUGUCCCGAGUUACAGAGCCUGCAAAAACAGUAGCAGAUGCCCAGGCCAUCGAUCCAGCUACCGAUCAUCUAGACCCUGCGUUUGAGCAAGAAUUUGGAGUUCACGUGCCCGAACCGGUAGUUCACGCCGCCCUAGAGCCGCGCAGUGUUUCAGCGAUCCGCGGACUAGAACGUGCGCUUUCUCGUACACAACGCGAGGACCCGAGCUUUACGGUUAGUCUUAGCUGCUUUGCUUUCUUAUUAUUUGUCUGUACCUUUUUGGCAUGCCAGCGCACUCUUAAAUCUCAUUCUUCGGUCAGCCUUUGCUGGCAACAAGCUCGUAUUUUUACCUCCUUAAAUCGGCGUCCGUAUGCAACUCGCAGUCAGUAACUGUGCCCGUCAUUCUUCUUAUUUCAGUAAAUAGCAUUGUAUCAUAAAUUUGCCUUUAUAAAUGGGGAAACGGGUAUUUCCAUAACUUCGGUGUAUUUAAGCUCUCAAGAAAAGCUAGUCGCCUCCGUCUCAGGGGUUUUGCCUGUUUACAGGGUUGAAUGUGUUAUGUCGCGCACGAUGGCCCCUUUCAGUCAGCCCUCAGUUGCCUUAAAAAGACGCGGCCGACCUGUUGACUUGGCUGCGAGCUACCAGACUUUCCCAGUGGUGACGGGCUCUCUGUCUAACCAGUGGGCACCCGCAGACCGUUUAGGGGUACUGCCUUCAGAAGUAUGACUGGGCACUCAGUCUCUUGCCCAGAAAAAGAUGACGAUCUGCAGCUUUAUCCCAUCAUCGUGACCAUUGCCGUCAUCAAAUAAGGUUUCACUCGCCGUGCGGUGUACUCUUGGAACGUUAAAAUGGUGUAACGGAGGAGUGGGAGCAGGCAUCCGCCUUCGUAUCAGCAAAAAAGCUUGAAACGAUCCCUUCACUCAGCCGCCCCACGCGACUCCUGUCAGGAAAGUCACAGCUGAACUGAGUUUUUGCAAGACUGCAGUGGCUGUGGUCUGGGCACAGUUGUUGCCUUUUCCUGGGGUCACUGUUGCCAAGAGAAACAAAGCAAAAACAGUAUGAAAAGGGACCAUUUUACCUGAUUGCUAACUUGCGUUGCCGAAAUUCCUAUCUGUACGUAAUUUGCAGGCAAUGUGGCCUUCGAAACGAAGCCGAAUUUCCACUCCCCCGACCUUAUCCUUUAUUUUGUAUUCGAUUUAUGAGAGUUACAUUUGCGUCUAUCAGAUGACCUCCUUUUAGAACGAUUCGCGGCUCUGUUUCGUGUUAACGGCAUCCCAUUGAAACUGUAGCCUUGCGCUUUUCCACCGGAAUAGUUGCUAUCGUUUUUCUCCAUCGAUCUCAUUUGUAAUGUGCGGCUAACCUUUGAUUUACACGUCCACUAGUGAAGUUGGUAGUUUUGUGUGGGAUUUUAUAGCGGGAGAGUGCUAAAACUAGCUGACAGGACCGAAUUACAUGCCCAUCAAUUAGAAAUCGCCACAAUGGAUUACAGAUCAUUACCUCCGCCACUACUGUUCCGGUGGGUUCUAGUUUUUGGAAUACUUCGCAUUUACACCGCGUAUACUACUCAUCUGGUUACAGUAUUUUUUGAGCAGUCGCGUUUCUGCUUCCUGUUGGGAAUCGUUGGCAGCAACACAUUUCGAAAUCUCUUCGUUUAAAUGGCCAUUAUUCCUUCCGCUUACUUUUCCCCGUUUUCUACAUUGAAGGCCUACGCCCCCAUCCUUCCAAGCAGGCCUUUUAACAGUUUCAAAUCGGCUGUUAGUUUUUUUGACUUAUUAAAUCGGAACUUUUGCGUGCCUCCCUUGUUUAGAAUGCCUACCAGCAGAGGACUCAGUAGCACGUGUGUGUUCAGGGGAAGAAGAGUAAACGCUGCUCAUACUCUACUGGACGAGAGCUUGUUUUGGAUAAACGUGUGUGUCAAUAGGAGUAGUAAUGAUCGUACUUAUUCUAACACCAACCUAUGUGCAUUAUCAAUGAAAAAACGAGGUGGGGGAGUCACUCUCAAUGCAUUUAUUUCAGGCAAAGGUAGGGGUUAUGGUAACGCCAUUCAGAGUGUGAUUGGCCGUUCAAGAAAUGGCCAAUGUCAGGACUUAAUGGUUUUUUGCAUAACCCUCCAUUCGGAUGGACCGAAUGGUUCAGAGACAACAACAGCCGAAUAUUCUGUUUGACUUUUCACGUAUUUGCUACUAAACUGGUCAGCGCAAUCUAUCUCUAGGGGAAAUUGAUUUUGCCUGAAGGAAGUUUUCGUGGCCAUCCUUCCAACUAAUGACCUACCUCCGUCUAAAUGGUCGUAGUCACUACUAGAAAGGCGAGAGUAGUGGUUCACGAGGAACUGAGUACUCGUCGUUCUGUCUGCUUUAUCUAGGAUUUACAUGGAGCUAACCUAAUACUUUUGUUGCUCACCAUCUGUUGCGGUUAUUGACGAUGCGAUUAUGUAUGUUAUUCGGCUUUCAGACUCAGUUGGUGUAACGUCGAGUGGAAUGUCAUGGAACUGACUUAUGCGCUGAGUCUAGGUGAUGAAAUGUUAGAGCUAAUAUGAAUAGGGGAUUUCAUCUAGUCGAGAGGUAUUUCCGAAUGAUAAUUUCCGGUUGAUCUACUGUUUUAUACCAGUUGUAGGAAGAUUAGCAGCAAACCGUGUAGAAGAGGGUUUUGGGAUAAAUGUAUUGUCAUCUACCAGAGGCUUCUCGCAUAGCACUAUUUCGAUACUGACAUCUCGCAUCAUUUCGCACACUACAUACUUUUGAAAUAAAAACCAGACUCCAAUUAUUACCUUCGCCCUGUUAACGACGUGUCUCAGACCACUUCAAUAUCUCGGAGAUCUGCCUGAUAUGAAGACCAGAAAAUUCCGACCUCUUCCAAAUCAGUCGAGUUUUGCUGAUGCCCCCUCAGUAAUGUGUACGCCGAUGCGUUCAACAAUGCUCCUUCGAAGCAGGGCUUGAUUCAACGGUUGUGGCAUGCGUAGAGUCGACGUGCCUUCGACGGCCAGGGGACGACCAGACGCGCACUUCUUAGGAAAGUGUUCUGUCCGUUCCUGGCACCAUAUUUAGUGGGAGUGCCCCUGCUGCAUGUAACUGAUUCCUUUUUCUCAGUCGAAAAUAAUUAGCAAACCGACAUUCAUUGAUUUCACCCCACUGACACCUUCGCACAUGCGUAUAGACGGAGGCAUACUUUGACAACCAGUUAACUAUGACAAUCUUUUUGCCAUUACUGACUGUCUACAACAAUCAUUUUUUCGGAGCUGUAUACUGGCCUCCAUCGAAGGGAACCACAUGCGCUGUCUCCCUUUACCGGAUAACUCUAUCCACACACUUUGACGAACAUAUUUGUUGGGUGGAUGUAUGUGCUGGAAAUUGAGGGUUGCCUGCCCACUCGAUUAUCCGGUGUUUAUUCCGGCCAAGCAGGUUAAUUAGUAGCUGUUAUCAGACCAGAAGCAAAAAUUAAACUUAGACAGUCAGAAAACAUCCGUUGGUCGGACAAAUUCUAGCCACUGAUCUCCCCCUUUUUUGCCUUAGGGCGUACCUCCGAGUGUGUUACCAUGCCUGCACUUGUUAACUGCGCGAAACCAAUCAUCAAACUCUGUUGCUGAUGCGUUAGGCAAGUAUGUUGCAUUCUGAGAUGACGAUUCCGCUGCAGUAUUUGCCAGGCAAGCAGUGACAAGUAUAUCAUGCAUGUCUCAGAAGGGUUGGUCUAGUCUGUAAUUUUGCUAGUCAAGCUACACUGUAUGAUACUUUUUUCGUUGUGAAAGUUUGCUUCUGACCCAUGGGCUGCCGUGGAACGUAACUUGACGGUUACACUUACGGACUACAUGAUGACAUUAUAUUGAAAAUUUUUCUAAAGUAUGCUUGGCGACUGCCUAACACCACAAAAUGACUGCGCAAAAAAGUGAACCAGAUAAAGAGGGUAUUUAUUUGGAAAAAGUGUGCCUUAAUGCCAAACGUCUAAACUGGAUUCCUGUAUCUCAUCCUUGAUGCUACGGCGGACAAGCUCUUGAAAUAAAUUCGCCUGUCAACAACUUGUCGAACAUGACGCUGGAGAUAUGGGGACAAGAAGUGGAACGUUUGCAUUCCCUAGCCCACAUUGUUGCAGCAUUCGGGACUGUCGAACUUACUGACCGACAGCCUUUAUUUUUCUACACAAAGUUACAGGACGUGAGAUAUAUCUGUAUAAAAGUAAUCUAAGUGUCAAUUAUGCCAAUUUGACCUCUAGAAUGUUCAGGACAUAUAUAAAUCAGACCGGUUGAACGAUAGAUCACAUUUUAUGCCUAAUAUCAUGAGAAGAUAGCUGCAACGCAUAAGUGAAAGACAAAAUUAACCGGCAACAACCGGCUGAAGGCCCCCAAACACACACGACCAGCCAAAGGUGUCUGUAUUACUGGGAAGGUGGUAAUAGGGGUUUUACGGGCGGGCCCUAUGUUUGCAUAGAGGAAUGGCAGAAUAAGUAUAGAUAAUUUGUAAAUUUGUUUUUCGGGUAGAAAGGUUUUAAUGAAUUGACAUAUAGCAACCGAAAUUAAGUAGGACAGUAAAAAAAUACACAUUAAAUGUCUACAACGAUCACGUCUCAACUCUUUGACUCGAGUUCCUUGUAGAUAAUACGUAAGACCAUCUACAACAGAUGAUCCAACCUUCUACGAUGAGACGCCAAACCGAAAUAAUCAUGUCGGACCUAAGUCCACUUAAAUAAAUGUAGUAGGUAUUCUUUGUAUGCCGCAGAUGCUUGGGGGCCUUCACCCGAUCUUUACCAAUUUACCUAUUAAUGCAAAAGAACCUAUCAGUUUUGCCUGAUUAAUACAUUUGACGUGAAACGUUUUUCUUAAAUGAGAUUUUUGGCAGUGAUUAGCAUCCACAAUUACACAUCAGGAUGGUAGCCUUUGGCUAAAUAUAUUUCUAGUCCUCCACGUAACUUAUUUCCAGAAUGAGCUUACUCCACGGUGUUUAUUCGCUGUUCCUCAUUGUCCACUUAUCACUCACCAUUGUCACCCUCGGCAAUACUACGGCUCGAGGACUAGCGAUGAGCUAGUGGGCAGUGGUUAACCCGCAGGGAGCCUGCGUCAAUGCGUGCAACCACUGACCACAAGAGACCACGCGCACUUUCACCGGUCGGCGGUACAGUGCGGCCACUCAUCGGACUUGUAAUGCCGGUGCGGUGAGCACAUCUUCUUUGAUUAGUAGGCGAGAGCCGAAUGCCUGAUUGAGUCACAGCGGAAUGAUCAUCUCAUAAAAAGAGGCACUUAAUGCGCCUUCCUGGGUGCCCCACAGAUCCCUUUUCUGAAUAACUGCAUUAAUAACUUUCGACAGGCUGCUCCAGUGUCUGAAAUGCCUCAAGUCCGGAAUUCGCGGUGAUGUGGAUCAACAGUGCGUAUGACUUUUGAAGGUUAGGUCAUAUGUUUAACAAUCUUCCACGCCCAAUUCCGUUUUCAGUCAUUUUGAGUAGAUUUUAUAGCGGUAGAGAACUCUAAGAUGAGCAAGGGGUCGAAUGAUGCUCCGCAAUUCUAUGUGAAGAUAAUCAUACUCGAAUGUAAGAAGUCAUUACCAACGGGCAGACUUCAGUCGGGAAUGAAGACGGCGCGGCUACCUCGUGUCGCAGCCAGUAAUUCAACAUGCUUCAUCCGCCUGCCCGCUCUUGUUCAAGUGGAAAACACGUCGCUUCGCAUUUUUGAUUAAGGUUUAAGAUAUAGAUGUUUGUUUCCUGUGCUGCUUUCUCCCUUGUUGUCACUUCACCAUUUUUUUGUAAAUGUGAUUUUUAGAGGAUUGAUAAAAUAGCGGAAACGCACGCGGCAUAUGUUCGAUUCAUACCUACCCCGUCCCGCAGUGCGCAACCUGCUUGGCGCGUACCGUAAUCCCAUCUCACCCCGUUUUGGUUCAACCCAUCCGCAGCACCUACUCUGGAGUACAACAACGAAUUUAAGAAUUCAAAUGCCGUUUGCAGAAGGAAAUGUGAACCCGUGGCCGUGCUGGGGCGUUUUCACUAAAUUAUGCAUUUGACAACCUCUAAAGGCAGAUAUGUUGGAGACAAUUAACAUCUGCAAACUAAUGUUUUCAGAAAAUAUCUUGUGGCUAAUCCAUUUCUGACUUACAGUGAGUGACCGAUCUCAUGAAGUGUUGGCUGAAAUCUGAAAUGCGUUUUCAAUUAGGAAGGAUUACUUGGACGCGUUGUAAUACUCAUUAUCCUGCGGCAUAAUCCUAUCCUAUUUCGGACUCAGCAGAAUGUUGGCUUUUGAAUACACUGCUUUUCAAUCCCCCGCAGAAACCGUUCUCGGUAAAAAGUGACUACAUAAGUAGCAUGCAUUUUUCCCACUGAUUUUUGAUAAUCUUGCAAAUUCAAGUAUAUUUUAGAGAAACCUCAAGCAAAAAAUGCUUUCUUUCAGUCGGUUGAUAGAGAAUCACGUCUCCUUGAUAAUUUAUACUCAAGGAAGGAGUAUAAUUAGGUUUUCAAUAAGUUUAACUACGAGAUUUUUUAAGACCGCGCAACGUCCAUUCAUAUAGCAUCGUACCUAUCCGUUUAGCACAGCUCUUCGUGAAAUGUACAACAUAGUCUGUGUCCAUCGUAAAAAAUUAAUGUACUCUGUAUGAUAUCUUUUUAAAGGCAUAGAAAAAUAUGUGAUUUUCUUUACGCGGGACGCAUGCAAUUUGUGGACUGAAAUCACUAAGCGCUAAUGCAAUGAAUAAUCAUACUGUAAAUUAUUCGGCAAUUAAAAAACUUUGUUAAAACCUAAAUAUACUUCUUCCUUGAGUAUAAAAUAUCUAGAAGACGGGAUUCACUAUCAAACGACUGAAAGAAAGCAUAUUUUUGUUCGUGGUUUCUCUAAAAUAUAUUUGAAUUUGCAAGACCAUCUAAAAUUAGUGGGAAGAUGCAUGCUUCUUAAGUAGUCACUUGUUACUGAGUACGGUUUCUACAGGAGAUUGAAAAGCAGCUGACAGCUGUGUCCAAAAUACUAUAGGAUUAUGUCGCAGGAUAAUUAUUACAACCACGCCCAGGUAAUCCUUCCUAAUUUAGAAGCAUUUCAGAAUUCCAGCCAACAUUCCAUGAGAUCGGUCAGUGACUGUAUAUUUGUCGGUUCAUUAUUCACUGAAGGGUUUUACGCUGAGUUGCAAAGUUUUGAUGGAAUCCUGUAACACCGGAUAUGUUCGAAUUUUGUGUGUGUGAGAACCCAGCAUGCCGGAAAGUUUUUGUGUAGUGUUAACUUCCACAGCAUUUAAACCUACUGGACUAGCGCCUAUUGGGUAAUUUAACCGCAAAAGGCUAACUCGCUCUUAUAAGAGGGAAAACCCACACGCCCGCACCUCCACGCCUUUCCUUGUGUCAAGACAUAUUUCCGGACGGCGUUGAACUUCCCCGUCGUUUCGAUUAGCUUGUGAGGCUUUUGUGUUUUGCUAAUUAUUAUGCGCGCCAGUAUCGAGUUGAGCGACAACUCGCAAGAGCUUUUAAAUUAAGCAAAGCACUCUCAGAAGCCAACAAUUAUCGUCUUCCCCAUCGCAUUGCCCACGAGCUGGUCGCAGUACGCUUAUUCGCUUUUAAGUUUAUUUCACUCCCUUGAUGUCCGUUCGAGACGAGUUGCUAGGCGCCGUCGGGGAGACAUGGACGAAACAGGAUACGGACUAGGACCCCCGGGUGAGGAAGCCAACUUCCUACCGGUUCAUCUCAUGGAUAUUUUCGUUCAGCUUUUCGUCAUUACGCGAAGCAGAGGAAGUUGAAUUGUGCAUAAUGAACUACAUGACACCUCAUAUCAGCACCCGGUAGACUCUCAAAGUGCCAUACUCUAGAAGUGAAAUAUUUCCAAGUUGGAGAAAGCCCGAUUCCCGGUAAAAAGACUCUGGCGUAUUUCCGGAAAUAAGGUUGAAUUCUAGGAUUGCUGGAACAUUCAUUCGAAAAUGCACACAGUAGACUGCAAUGAGGCUAACAGCAGAAGUCAGCGUGUUACGCAUGUAUUUAUCGUCUUUGGACCAUGUUUCCGCCAAUCACCUUUUAAUGCUUAUCAAUUCAAUAUGAAAACACCUUGAGGAACUGUUGCCUUGACUUUCGAGCAUGUCAUUGCCAGUAGGAAAGGCCUUCCAGUUGUUUUUACCAUUUAUGUGGCUACUGACCGAGAUUUCAGUUCGCUUUUGGGGUUGAACGAUUGUUGUUCUGGGUUGACUGAGUGCGCCAACCGCACUAGUUGCGUCCUCCACUACGCGCUGCCGCAUGAGUACACGUAAGCGCCACCUGGACGUCAUAUAACUAAGCUCGAGAGAGUGAUUUGGUACGGCACCCGAUCGCAAUUGUCCACGUCUGAGUAAAUAACUUCGGCGCCGACGUGGCCACAUGCUCCGAGUGAUUGAAACACUCGGCUGUUCGGGGAACCAGCGGUAGGACGUGUUUUUCCGUCGUUGACACGCACAGCCCUACCUGGACUGCAUUUCCUCCCUUCCUUACAUAAUGACCUAUCAGAGGGGAGACGACAGAGUCUGGGGGGUAGAUUGAUACAACACUAUUUUGGGCUCAUUUUGCCUUCCUUCAGCCAAUCAUAAGCCUGACCAGCAGCUGGGACCAGAAACAUAAACAUGCACACAGACACACCUGGCGCAGCUGGUCCACCACUGGGGUCUACCAGAUGGGUCAUGAGCACUUUCUCGAAACAAAAUUCAUCAGUGCCUCUCCACCUCCCAGUCGGUCGCUGCAGAUCAGGUAUCUAUUCACUCAGGAAGGGGCGCACACCGAUCCAUUGGCUUCCCGAAGCUAACAAGCCUCGUAUGGGCGAAAAAGGGGUCACGAACAGGCAACCACCUACCAGGCUGGUGGUCAGGAUUAUGAUUGGCUGAAUGAGGGCAAACAAGCGCGAAACAGAGCUGUGUCAAUCUACCCCCCCUCCCCCCCGACUCUGUCGUCUCCCCUCUGCUAUAAUAGCUUGGUCAACUUCGGCCGGGUAGGUGGUUGCCUGUUCGUGACCCCUAUAUCGCCCAUACUAAGCUUGUUUGCUUCGGGAAGCCAAUGGAUCGGUGUGCGCCCAUUCCUGAGUAAAUAAUGACAUAUGUCCAAAGGAGUUUCUAUACAGCCCACACUAGACAGAAAACAUCACGCCUUGAGAGCCAAUCUUUACGAAAGUGACUUCCAGUCAGUCAACAGCUUUCGUAGUCACACGACCCUCGAGACCUUGUAAUGUUUUCGCUGCACGGAUGUUAGGAAAGGGGCUCUUCGCUGACCUCAUUCUCUUCUCCUUAUCAUGCUCCGGUAGGAAGACUGAGUUCGGACGACUGGAGACGAGACUGAACCCCGUACCUGAACAACCACUUUGACUCCGUCUUCCGCCUAUAGCCCAUUCAUGCUACCUUUAAUUCACACGCAAAUCACCCAUUGUUCUUCUAUCACAGAUUAUCGUCCAAUGCGUUACGACGACUCACGGGUCCACCAAAGAAACAUAUAAUAAUGUAAGGCCUCUGCGAGGCUUCUUUAUCCAAAUGUCGAUUUCAGUAGGCAAACACCGUGUUUGACAGUGGGCGCAGCAGUGUCAUGAUUGGGUAGACCCAGUGGCAAUAUUUCAACGGCCCAGGUGCGUGUUGGUACACAUAUGUAUGCCUGGUAGAUUCCUGCGCCCGAUAGCCAUCAACCCGGAAAUGACAAACCUCGCCCGUUUACCCGUGCUUUUUUUGCCGUACUUCAUGCCCUCACAGCACUUUAAUCAGCCUGUCCUGUCGUACUUUGGGCGCCCAUUCAACUUUCAACUCCCUCUCUGACUUCCCCAAAAUGUAUGCCUUUGCGCACUGGUCUAACCUAAAAGCCCUCAUUCUCGCUCUCGAAAAUAAGGGCAACACUAACUCCGCGUUUCCUUUGCUCGACCAUCAUCUGCCUCUGAGGCUGUUUUUCGUAAGCUGGCUUGAUUACAAUUUUGUCCUGGUGUGGCCAGGAAAGUAAAGCGAGUGUGCGGGUAUGCAAUCCACAAAGGUAUUUUUCAGGCAAUCAGGGACGUUGUCAAAUCCCUGCGCCUACUGAUGCGGGCCCAUUCUGAGGACACUUUCAGCUCCUUUUUUUCGUUACGGGUCGUUCUUAUUUGUGCUGUUUUUUUUUCUGUCGGUAGAAUUUUCUUGCUUCUGAUAGGCACGGGGCUACCGAUUAUCUCUCGCCCACUCCAUUUGUAUGUUACACCGGCGUCAGACUUGACUUCUGUGUAAUACGCCAUGCACGUCUAACCACUUUAGCAGAAUUAGAUGGGUCGGUUUGCUUUUCUACCUAGACCAACGACCGCGUUUCACCUUCCCUAAUCGCAAACGAGGCUCCUCCGUCACAUGCAUACUUUACCGAUUCCGUUAGACAAGUUUCACAUCACCGUGAAGUGUUCGAAUUUAUGGAAAAUCGAGAGCUCUGCCCUCGAAGCUUCCCAGACAAAGGCCUAAAGCCUUUCUGUUUGAGCGGAAUUGUCAAUUCCUUGCAGUCUUCCGACUAGUCAUGCCGCCUUCCCUGCCUUUGACUCCACCUAGCAUGGGUGCAAGGCAGCAACCGUUGGGAAGGACUUUGUCGUACGUACUUGACAGAAAAUAUGCCCUCCUAAGCGCUGGUUUUUUCGAGGGUAGUUCAAAACGUUUGGACAGAAUUAAAAGAUAUUGGCCCGGUACUCGUAACAGUUGUAAACCGAUGAGGAUUACGGCAUAUAAUUUAGUUCUUUACUACCCUUUUAAUGUAAUUUCUCCGCUGUUCGACAUGCGUAUACACACUUUCUCUUCCCCUUCCCUCACUGUAAUUGGCUGUUCGACUUUUCGGAUGAAGAGGUCUGGGCCUCUGAAUUAAGUAGUAAGCACGGAGCUACAGUUCUGAGCCGCAUGUACUUUCUUCGCCCGAAGUGGUAAUUCCCCUCUGACCCCCUACCUGAGGCCCAGUUCUUGCGUGCGGUUCCAUUAAACUGUGCUGAGCACAGCCGUCGCACCGCGACUACUGCUGGCGAACUAAGCCGGACGAGGUGUUGCCAGAGGGUCGAUAAAAGCGUGUGAUAUCUGUCUCGAUUAUAAGAGAUAAGAAGCCGUGUCGCAAUGCCAGUCGGCAUGCUAAUUUAGGCCUGUUCGACCACUGCGCCCAGGAUCACUUCAAGUCAUUUCGCGAAGGAAACACGUACGAUGUGGGAGGCGAGUUUGUGUGCGUGGGAAGCUGUUGUUGAGACAGCAUUCCACACUAUAAACGAAUUUACGUGCAAGGGGGAGAAGGUAGUGGUGGUCAUUGUCUUACUCGGUGGGGGAACUGCCUGGGUGGAGCGGUCCGAAAUGAAGUUGCUGGCACCAAAAUGCUGGAGGCUAUCUUACACGAAACUGAUUUUUCUCCAUUAUCUUCCGCCUCGAGACCACCUUUCCACCGCCAAUCAUAUCUGCUGUUAGCCACUUUCUACCAUACAAAUUAUUUUUCCCUGGAAAUACCUCUGAGCUGUUCGUGGCUGUGCAAGCACUCACACUAAGCCCUCCUAUCCUUAUCCCGGGGGCUAUGCUCGUCGCACCCCGGAGGGGGGAGGGCGGGCGGGCGGGCGAGCGGAGCUUUCCUUUUCUGAGAACAACAAAAAAUCUUAUUGGGAAGUUCUCUAUGCGGCUGCUUUGGAGUCAAUGUCUCCUCACCUCUUUUAUUGUUUGCGUCAGAUUGUUGGCGGAAUUUGAAAAUGACAUUGUGCCUGGUAGGUGGGCUACCUGAUUUCUGUCCCAAGCAUUAUAAAUUUUCGGGUCAGUGAGACACUUCGGAAAAUAAAAAAACAGGGAGUAAAAACUUACGACUUAAGGACCGAGCACUGGAAAGUCCUCUUUUUGAUUCUAAACUCCUUAUUAUGUAUGUCACGUGGUCCACAAUCGUUGCAUCAUUUAUGAGCCCCAUAUGCUGUAUGCUAAAUGACAUAAAUGAAUGCAUGUUUUCUCUUACACGGAACGUAUACAGCUGGAAGACUGAAGACUGUAAACGAAAAUACAAAAGGCAGGUCAGGUUCAAAAUUAGUCGGGAACUAAAAACCUUUUAAAACUGAAAAAUGCCUUUUCUCGGAGAACAAACUUUGAAGAAGACAGUAUUUUCUACCGAAUCAGUACAAGAAAUGACAUUUUUACAUGGGUUUUCUGCAAAAUCUUUGCGAAUUUACAAGGGUCAAGAAUACCGAUAGAAAAAAUUCAUACUACUUAAUUGGUUAUUUUUUGUAGACCGCGUUUAUUAAGGUAGCCCAAAAGGAGUGCAUUCAAAAGCCCACAUCAUGACGUUCCUGAAAUAUUGCAAGAACACGCCACAAGAUAAUCAGUGUUUAGGGUAAAGUCAUACCAUACUAACAGCACAGGUACUAACCAAAAGCACAUACACGCGUGUUUGCCGAUGUUUUGCCGCUGCAUGGUGCACUGCGAGGGGUUCGGCUCGUCAGUGGGUCCCCCAGCAUUGCCCGUUUGUUUUAUGGUAGAUACCCCAAUUCAGAAAUUGUCGCUUUUUAAUUUCCUCAGAAAUUAUCUACGAAGUUGGCGUAGAUCAGUUUAUUCAAGGUCUAUAGGCACCGACCGAGAAUUUUAAACAUGAAUAUUUGGGCCAAAGUCCAUUAGCCACAGCGGGUAACCGCGUAAUAUUCAUUAACUGCCGACAGGCAGCUAGUAGUAUACAGCCCCACCUAAGUAAUCCUUCCUAAUUAAAAACGAAUUUCGGUCAGCACUUCAUGAGGUCGGUAUGCUUGUUAACUAAAUUUAUCUGUACAGAGUUACGACGCAGAAAGGGGUGGGCCUUGGUACAUUGGAUAAUUAAAAACGACAGUCUUCUAAAUCCUGCUCUAUGAACAAGCUUCUCGUAGUGCCUUGACACCAAGAAUUCAGGAAGACUCGACCUGGCCGUUGACCACUCACACUUUGACAAGUGGCAAUCAGUGAAACGGUCUUUAGCGAAGACCGGCUUGUGGAGAAAGCAGGCCUUCGGGUUUGACCCAUUCACAGUCUCAAACCAUGCAGCGUUUAUACUUUCAGACAUGAUUAGGCACUGGUGUGGGAAAUCAGUGACCCCUGAGAAGGUCGCAAGCCACACCAGUAUUACGGAACUGUAAAUGUUGUUCGUUUUCCAUUAUGACUGGGAGUAAUCUCCGAGACCUAAAACUGGCAUGGCGGAGGAGUGGAUGUAAACGUCCGCCUUCAAUCUUGAAAAAAGAGCAUUCCUCCGUCAAGCCGAUCCACACAGUCACUCUGAGAUAAGUCACAAAUCAGCCGGGUUUUACGACAACCGGAAGGCCCUGCUCUACGCGCUGCGAUUGAUGUUGCGCAGGACCAAUGAUGCCGAGAGGAGCAGUACCAUGCCCACCAAUAACUCCAUCGUACACGUAGACUGCCACACACACACACACACUGGUGGUUUCCUGUCAGGCAAAAGCAACACUGAGCACUGAGCAGAGGAAACAACUUUCCGUCCUCUCGACUGCACGAAGAUACCAUGGGUGUAUAUACUUCCAUAAUACAUGUUUGAGAGAAAAAUGGGUGGAUAGAACCCCGUUCUAAACCGUUUGUGAAUGAAAUUGCGGUUCGAACAAUCCAGUCAAACAUUAAACCACGAGGGAAAGGCGAAAGUGCAAAGGGCUUCGAAUAUACGGUUACUGAAAAAAGAUUACCAUGGACAGUGCCUUGUUUUUAGCCUGCAACAUGGUAGCUGCUCUGCAGUGGCUUCUCAGUGGCAAACCUCAAAGCACCUACGCCAUUGCUGCCAGGUUUUGCAAACGUUCCAAGGUGGCGCUUCAGGGAUACGCGGGUUGGUUAUCUUUUCAGUCUCAACGGGAGAUGGCAGAUCAUUGGUAGUUAUAGAGGAAUCUAACUACUGGUGCUAUAAUUUCAAAAUACUGCCACAAGGGAGACCGCCACCAGAAGCCCAUAGUGAAAUUUCAAGUGCAGGGACUGAUUACCAAUAAUAUUUCAGGCAUAUCAGUUCUUGUAAUCGGAUCAAGGUUAUUGAAAUAAUACCCACAACUUUGCUCAAGAGAAUAAUUGCAAUACUUGACUGUACAAUUAGUCUUUAACACGAUGCGCAACUUUUCACAGGAUUUGGGGUUACCUUGAUUAAUAACGCAACUGCCAAUUUGUGUAAGCAGACUUGCAUAAUUUCUGUUAUUCUCUCCACCCACAGUUCCUGCCAACUCUGGAUGGACAAUUACUAAGAUGAACGAUCGGGCAGAAAAUUAUGGAUGUUGCUUCAAAGACAAGCUAUUAACACAGCUGUACAUGUAGGCUCUCUCUGUGCGCAAAGUUGUGCUUUCGACAUCUGGUCUGUGACGUUGAAAAGUUGGACUGUCAGCUGUCAGUUUGGAAGGAAUUCCAAAUACUUCAAGUUAAAGAACCUGAGGGAAAAAUUGUCAGAGGAGAUCUCUGAAAGUCAAUUCUUUACGAUCGUCGAACAGACUUGUUUUCCAAGUGAGCACAUAGUGCCGGGUAUCACUGCAGUUGAGGAUAUACUAUACUAGGUUUCACUGAAAACGUAACUUGGUCGCCUUUGAAUAGUUUUUCUGCCCCUUUUAAUUUCGUCGGAGAUUAAUGUGUGAACUUGAAGUGAAUCCCUCGGAACAAAACUUCUUAGGCUUGCUCCGAAAUCUGAUAUGAAUAUUUCUGCCGCAAUCCAUCCGUUACUGUGGAGUAGCUGCGCAGUAUUUACAAACGGCCGACGAGCCGUCAUUAGUACACAAAUGCUGGAUUAUUUUUCAUAUUGGCGACGCAUGUGCUUGCAAACAGCUCAGACAUGCGUGUUUCGCCGAUGUUCUGGCGCUGAAUAAUCCGGCUGCAGACUGUUCGGCUCAUCAGUUGGUCCCUCAGCGUUCUCGUGUGCUUUCGGUCAUGCAAACCUCAGUUUCUGUACUGCGCCUUUCAAUUUACUUGUUUUAGAUCUUCACAUGACCCACAAGCCUGACGAUAUGUCCCCAAAGCCAGAAGAACAAUCCGUAAAGUCGAAAGAAUUUGGAGGGUUAGGAGUACCUGAAGGAAAUUUACGAUCAGUCCAGUAGAAGUCGCAUUUUCACUAUUUAACGCUUCGCCAUGUGCUCUCAGUACCGAUACACAUUCGAGACCUGUUUUUCACUCCAUUGAGGCCAAAGUGCUUCCUUUCCUUCUAGGUUCUACAGUGCAGGAUUAAAGUUAUUAAUCAUCGUAUAGGGGGUGGAGGCACGCGAUACCUUGGGUAGGUGUCCGACCUACCACACACAUAGGCCGCUGUAGUCUUACUUUUCCUUUUUAUGGAGUACUCUUUGCUGGCUUGUUAGUCAUUCAUUCGUUGACUUCUUCCAAUUUAUAGGCAAAUUUCAACUCAGAAACCGGUCAGUGGGUAAUCGGUGGAAUGGGUGAUCUUCACCUGGAGGUAAUUCUUUCGCGUUUGCGCCGGGAGUACAAACUGGAUGUUGCAAUGGGUCCCCUCCUGACCACUUACAAGGAAAUGCCCCUCGUUGCUGAUCUAGAUGGUUCACAGACUCACAUCAAGGGGUCAGCGAGGGCGGUUGUCGUCAAAACCGGACAGGUUGGAUCCAGAUCGCGCUCUCUACGUGUAGCGUUAUCAGUAGAUGCUGACAGAAGAGGCGCUGAUCUUUCGGACAAACAACGGGUACCUGCUGCCCUGACAUUUUUGAGUGUUUCGACUGCAUGCUUUUCAAUUUCCUGCUUAAUCCAAAUCAGGCGUACGCUUUUGUUUCGAGUUUAUCUGACCUUUGUCCCUCCUUCCCCGCAACAGGUGUUUUUUGAGAAAUCCUGGGCCGUGCCAACAGGUUCUGCAGGCCCGCCCACGGAUUAUCUGCACUCUUCUGUUUCAUGGAAGAAGGUGACGAAUCAUCUGCGAGAGGCCUGCGACCUCGCCCUAGCAACUGGCGGCCCUCUGAUGCGGUCUCGCGUUGUCGGGGUUAGCGUGCACAUCAGGUCAGUGGGAGAGGUGGUGGGCAAUGACAGUGAGGGCGAAGUGGUUCCUCUGAGGGUUCCACCCUCCGGCCAGGCUCUUACCUCUCUUCUGGCCCUACUUCGUGCGGCCACCAUGCAAGCCGUCACAUCAGCCCUUCACGAGCUAUCCGACUGGCGUCUCAUGGAGCCCAUAAUGACUGUGGAGAUCCAACUGACACUGGAUGACGGUAAGACCACCCUGGAGACCACGUUUGAGCACCCCAUCUCUUUUGCUAAUUUGUGA